CAAGAAGGCCGUGGCAUCAAAACUUCCUAACCUCAAACACAUGUUUCAGUGUCAAAACUUCCUAGUUUUACAUCCAUGUAUACUUAAGUUAACUAAUAACUGUACUUUUAAUGCUUUGACACUUUUCAUUGGAAUUCUAGUUAAUGUUAUCUUAUCAAUUUAUUUCACCCCCUUCUCCCAGGUUUAUGGAGCUUAGUUUCCUAAGCAUAUUUAGUAACUUAAGUUACGCUUACAAAUGAAUGUUAUAAUGAACUAUAGCAAACAAGUCUUAAUGAAAACAUUUUCAUUUAGCAAAAUAAAUAUUUUAAUUUUUUCAAGAGCGACGGUUAAGCUCUAUUGUGAGCAUUCAAAACCUCUAAAUAGUAGUAGGCCUAGAUAUAGUUUUAGCGCCGAAAGAUUUGUUACAACUUGUGUUGAUUGCCGUUCACCCUUGAAAAGUUGCACCAGUUAUUCUUCUAUUUAUAAUAUUAGUUCAUACCAAUCUCCCUUGCUUAGAGUUCAUCUUAAUCAUCAAAGCCCUCGAGAAUUCCAACGACGCUUCAAAUCCAAAAAGGAAUCAAAGGGACCUGAAUAUGAUUCAGAUUCAGAUGGAGAGGACAAUGAUGAAGGGGAAUCUAGAGCGACUAAACCAAUAUUUAUAAAAACUCAGUCAAUGAGAGUGGAUGGGCUUGUGAAAAAAGUCCUAGGAAUAGCAAGAAAGGACCGGAAGCCAUUCCUGUUGUCUCCGUGUUUCCGAUUGGUCAGCCAUGUUGGUUCAGUCUCAUUGGUGGAGUCUUUGCAAUAUAAUAACAUUCAAAUCAAUCAUAAUGUUAUCCUUAUGGAAGGAACUUUGAGGGCAGCCCACGUCCUUAAAAAGUUGCAGGGCCGUGUUAAGGGUCAGUGGAGUCCUGGGCAAACCCAAGAGCAGCGCCCCUCUUUUGACCUAGUGCUGGUAGGCGGUGGUUUUGGGGCACCCAGCGGGCGCCCCUAGACCACCGGCGCCCCUGGGCAUAUGCCCAGUCUGCCUGUUCAUAAAAAUGGGCCUGCUUAGUUGUAUUAUAUAAACAAUUUUGAACAAUAAUUCAAGGUAGGGUAACCCAUGUGACUAAUAAUUUGUACAAAAUAAUAUUACUAGAAUAUAUCUAAUAUAUAAAAUUCUCGUGUCACAGUGUUUGUCUGCAAACUCCUCCGGAACGACUUCACCGAUCGUUAUGAAAUUUGGUGUGUAAAUUCUGUAGGUAUGCGAAUCGGACGUAAA